CCUAGGCUCCCAAGGAGCAUCUGGGAGCUCUUCAAAAGAACAGCAUCGUGAGUACCUGCUCUGUUUUCUAGAUGCCUUCUUGAGCUUGCUUGUGGCCACCCACAGUUAUUUGUACGGGCGAACGAAGUCAGCUUGCCAGAGACACUGUGAAAUGAGGGAUUAGAGGCUGGGAUCCAAGAAGCAAGAGCAGCAGCCAAAAGACAAGCAAACAGGCUCCGAAGAUACUUCUACUGAGAGGUGUGCCAUGGCCUCCCUCGGUGUCCAACUGGUGGGCUAUAUCCUAGGCCUUUUGGGGCUACUAGGCACUUCGAUUGCCAUGCUGCUUCCCAACUGGCGAACAAGUUCUUACGUUGGUGCCAGCAUCGUGACGGCAGUUGGCUUUUCCAAGGGCCUCUGGAUGGAGUGUGCUACACAAAGCACAGGCAUCACCCAGUGUGAUAUCUAUAGCACUCUUUUGGGACUUCCUGCUGACAUCCAGGCUGCCCAGGCCAUGAUGGUGACAUCCAGUGCAAUGUCCUCACUGGCCUGUAUUAUCUCGGUGGUGGGCAUGCGAUGCACGGUGUUCUUCCAGGAAUCUCGAGCUAAGGACAGAGUGGCUGUAGUGGGGGGAGUCUUCUUCAUCCUCGGCGGUAUCCUGGGUUUCAUCCCAGUGGCUUGGAAUCUUCAUGGCAUCCUUCGGGACUUCUACUCACCACUGGUUCCUGACAGCAUGAAAUUUGAAAUUGGAGAAGCUCUUUACCUGGGCAUUAUUUCAGCCCUCUUCUCUUUGGUAGCUGGAGUCAUCCUCUGCUUUUCCUGCUCCACUCAGGGAAAUCGUCCCAGCUACUAUGAUUGCUACCAGGCACAGCCUCUUGCCACUAGGAGCUCUCCAAGGCCUGGUCAACAGGCCAAAGCCAAGAGUGAGUUCAACUCCUACAGCCUGACUGGGUAUGUGUGAAGAAACAGGGGCCAGAGCUGGGGGUGGGGUGGGUGGUGGCUGGUACUAUUAAAAAAAAGUAGUGGACAAUGCCCCCAGGGUCACAGGCAAAGGACAUUGCCCCUGAAUCAUGUGUAAGGUGCUGCUGAGGAUAGACCGACUUUGGCCAUUGGAUGCAGAAAGUCAGAGAUGGGAACUAGUGUGACAGCAUGUUGCUCGAAUUGCCAAGGAUAUUCAACAAGCCAGCUCUUCUUUUUCCCUCAUCUUGCCUCACCAAGGCACCUCCUAAACUAAAACUCCAAGUCCCAUCCCUGCCACUUUUGGCUAUGCCCAGAGACACUCUUAUGCCCACUGGUCUACCUGGAGCUCCUUCCCCAAGCCCACGUAAUCAUAUCUGAUCAGCUGGCCAUCUGUGAUCAAAAGACCCUCUUCCCCUGGCUGAGGUUGCCUCUGAACUCAAUUGCUGGGGGACAGAGAGAAGAAAAAGAGGUGGCUCCUGUGGGCAUGUCUCUAGCUCCCUUCUCAAACUUCCAUCCAAAGAAAUGAAUUGGUCAGUAAUAGGCCCUGAAGCCUCUCUCCCAGUGUUAUUAUGAAUUCAGCAAAUCCAGACUGGGUUGUGAAUGAACUGAAGGAAAGUUAUCUCAUGGCAUCCAGCAGAAAGUAACUAACUGGGUGCAGAAUGGGAAUCAACCUGGGACCCAAAACCCACAAGAAUCACUUCUCAGGGCACUUUCUAUUAUUCCCACACAUUUGUGGGUCAGGAUGGAAGCAGAGCUCUAGGAAAAAACAAGGCGGCAGCCCUCUGACUCCACCAAGGAAUUGCCAAGAACCUGCAAUUAACAACUCCCACUGAAAUGUCUGCUUCCUUCUGGGGCAUCUGACCUGGUCUCCUGGAUAAACCACAAGGCUUGGAGCCCUAGACAAGGGUUUUCUGAGGGACAAUAGACCAGAUUUUCCAGAACGGCCCUUCAACAUAGAAGCUCCAGAAGACUACAAAAGACAUUAUUGCUACUUAGCCCUGACCAAGAACAAAUAAGGACUUUAGUAUCAAGGGACUGGCUAGACAUGUAUGGUGGCUGUUGUGUGUGCUCCGCUGUUCCAGCGAGGCACCUCUACCAGAAACUUUAGACUUAAUGGACAAACAACCCCCUGGGGUCUAUACUCAGCAUUACAGAGCCUCCGAAAGACCAUAGCACCAAACAGGGGUUUUCGUCACUUUUUAAUACUUGCAUCAUCUCCCAUCAGAAGCUAUUCUAGAAGGUAUGCAAAAGUCUCCAGUGUGGAACAUCCAUGGCCAAGGUGUUGUGUUUAGGACCUGAGUGACAGAUGAACUGCUGCCUGGGAUUGUGCUUGAGGUGGGAGAACAGAGAAUGGUUCUCAGUCAAACAGUUUCACCUCCAAGAUCUUAAAAUGCUCCAUUUCCUUUGUGGUAGGUGUGUGUGUGUGUGUGUGUGUGUGUGUGUGUGUGUGUGUGUG